UUGCGGGGGAAAAAAGUAAACAAGGUGUAAAUUACGGAACAUACAAGUGUAAAAUCCGGAGGCAUCCAAUUUUCAGUUACUCGGGAGGGUAAAUUUCAUGAGCGUUUAAAUAAUUUAGCUUUAAAAUUUUGCCGAAUUCAAGAGCUUUGAUUCUUUACCAAAAUCUUGAAAUAUUUCCGGCCUUGACAAGUGAUCGCGUGUCGGAACCAUUUUGUAAUGACAAAGCAAAUGGAGAAGGCACUAAGAGCAUACAUGGAGGUUUUGAGGCUAGUGAGGCGCUUGCCGAAGGACACAAGAUCUUACUACGCCAAGUACGCACGCGAGAACUUCGUCAAUUACCGAGACGUGGAUGCUUCAGAUUCUACUACUCUUCAGGAUCUCUUCAACCGCACCUAUCGUCACUCCUUAUGGGUUCUGGAUAAGUAUUCGGUUGACAAAUCUGCUGCGGAUAAGCUGAGGAACAUCUGCUGUUCCUAGUCUGGUCUCCUGCCCGCCAACUGUUUGUUUUUAUUCCUCAAAGAAAAAUCAAAAGCUUAGUUUGUUGCUUGGCGAGGUUGUUUAAUUUUAUAUGCAUCUUCAGUGCUUCUUCCUAGUAACUUCAUGGUAACCAUGAAAUUCACAUCAUAAAAUAAGUCCAUGGAUCUUGGAUUAUGCUAUUUAUUUAUUGCUCGAGUCUAGAGUGACUUUGGACUGUCAGGAUUACUUUCCUUCCUUCUGCUAAUUUCGCAGUAUCUAUGAAAUUGUUUUCCCCUUUCUCAUAA